AUGGCGUGGAUCAUAUUCACCGCAAAGAUCAAUAAUGACAUGCUCCGCCACCCGCACCACAGACUCUACUACACAUCCACGAAAGUUGCCUUCGCUGCAGAUAUUUACGCCGCGGCCGAUGUCCCUGACGAAGACAGCGAAAGCGGCACGCCUGCUCCACAACCUUUCUUCGAGGAAAAUCUUUGCUUUACGACGGACCAUGCGCCAAAGAGUCCAACUGCAGGCUUUGUAUUUGGGUCCGAUCGGGAGAAAUGCGACGUCUUACUGCACCCCGAUAACAAGACAGGAAUUAGUGGCAGACAUUUUGCUAUUACGUUCACACAGUAUGGUAAAGUCAUCCUGAAAUCCCUUUCCAAGAAGCACCCCACGAAGAUAAGCGAUGAAUAUGAAGACGUCGACGUUAGAACACAGAGAGUCAUGGAAUCACGCAGGGUCAGUAUUCUUCUAGGAGGCCUGGAGGUGACCAUAGAGAAGCCUUGGGUGGAUGCUGAUGUUGGGCCUGCAUACGCCGCCUUUCUCGAGAGGGUCCAUGGAAUGCCUCCCGACCUCGAUCAAAUGCGGCUCCAAUCUUCUGCUUCGUCGAUAAUGUCCGUCCCUCGGUAUUGCAAAGACUUGGAAAUCGGACGAGGGACAUAUGGGAUCGUCCACAGGGCAUCCGUCAUACCCACAGGGGCGAUUGUUGCUAUCAAAGCCUUUAAUUCUCGAACCAAUUCCGUAUCCAAUCCUUGGGCUGAGGCAGAGCUCAUGUACUCUCUGAAGCAUGAGAACAUCGUCCAGUUCUACGAAUUUAGCGUUCGUGGAAAAGAAGGACCAGAACUUAUCAUGGAAUACGCUCCUGGUGGUACUCUUAUAUCACAAAGCAAGAUUCGCCACUUCAACGAUCGGGAAGGCCGAGAAGUCCUUCGACAAACCUUAGAUGGGCUUGUGUACCUUCAUGGCAAAGGCAUUGUUCAUCGCGACCUCAAGCCGAGCAAUAUCCUGCUUGUCAGGCGUGAUCCGAUUCAUGCCAAACUGGCAGACUUUGGCCUCGCCAAGAAUCUGGCAGAUGGCUGCAGUGGCAAGUGUGGAACCCUGCACUAUACUGCUCCGGAGAUCUGGGGUUCAUCUUCUUACACUGAAAUGAUCGAUAUGUGGUCUGUCGGCAUCAUUGCAAUGGAACUCUGGGCGGGCCUGCCUAAAUUUUCGUCUGAUCCUGAGAAGUUCGACUAUCCCACCUGGCAACGGGAGGUCAGGAGUAAAAAAAUACUAGCCCCAGCUCCUCUCCAGAGGUUUCUUGAGAAGCUGCUACGGACAAACCCCAAAAACCGAAUGACAGCUCAAGAAUGCCGCAAUCAUAGUUUUCUACAAUCACCAACCCGCACCGCAGCUCGAAAACGUCUCUGUUCCUUCAACUCACAAAGACAGGACUCGGCCAUGCCUUUGAAUGAUGGGGCACAUGACAUUGCUGUCUUAAAUCCAGUGAGCUUGAAUGGGUCAUAUGCAGCCAUUCCCGCCUCGCCCAAGACCUACCUUGACUUCAACGAACAACCGACCAACCUUUUCACAUCACCAGUACAAGAGACCAAUACACAGACCCAGAGCAAUCAACACUGGGCCGAACUUCCAGAAUCAGGGCACCAGCAAGGGUCAGAAGCAGCCGAGCAAUUUUCCGAAAUUCAGUACAUGACUAGCUCGUGGCUCAGGAAUGGUGAGUAUCCCGAUAUUAUACCCAACACGGCGUCUGCAGCUUCUUCUUGUUCUAAGGGCGUAUGCAAUCGAAAGAGGCCGGCAAAAUCAAUACGUGGCAAACGCGGCAAAUGGGAACGCCGUAAUCCUAAACAGUCGAAGGAGUCCUAUUAUCCUGAAUCUGAUGCCUCCACGGUUGUAUAUGACCCCUUAAACGAUCAGGGAAUUGAAGGGUUUGGUGACGCAGAUGACGGAUCUGAAUUAUCCGUCUAUGAUCCGAUCGAUAGACAAGCAAGCACACCCCGGGACUCUUAUUAUACCGAGAGAACUUGGGGUAAUGGAUCCUAUCUCCCGCCCAUGCAGCCGACAAACUCCUACGGCAACCAGGCACGCGGUACUGCCAUCAUAAACAACCUGGAAAGUCUCAGCGACCUUCGACUACCGAGUCUCAGCUACAACCUUCCAGAUUGGGAUAGCCUCAUGGAACAACAGACACCAACCCCACAAUCCGCAUCAUGUGCGACAUCUUCGGCACUUCCUGAGCAGCAGGAAAUUCAGCAACCGACACCCGUUCCGGAAACGGGGGAACCGCAAACCGGCUCCCAGAAGCCUCCGAUCAAACCAGGGUUUGAUUACAUUCCUUGGAAAGGAACUUGGGUCGCCUACGACAGUUCAAAUCACCGCUUUAGCAUUACAAGCUUAUUGAAAGCUGCCAACAUGAAUCAUCGGUUGCUGCAACACACCUAUCCGAACCUGAAAGAUCUUUUUGACAGGGCGGAGAAGCGGCAGUCAAUGGGUCGUCUCUACAAUGCGUUGCAAGGAACCUACCUCACAUACGAAGACACCAUUGAGGCUUGUGAACGUCUGGGGAUCGAGACAGAGUUUUGGAAGACCCUUGGCCAGAAUCCACUCCAGGCUAGUGAUGUAAAUCUCCCUCCUAUCGAACGUAUUCCGCAGGAAUCGCGCAGUCCUGCUUCUGCAACUCGGCCAUGCAGCAAUCAGCGUCAGAUAAAGCCUUUGAGGACUUCUCCGGCACCCCAAGAUGUUGGCCCUUGUCGAUGUGAUCUGAUCAACCCAAAUACAGGCAGGUCCUGCCAUACCGUCUUCUCCCGGCCUUCGGAUCUUACCCGUCACGAAAACACAGUUCAUGCCCCCCUUGACGGACAGAUGCAAUGUGAGCUUUGCAGUGAUUGGAGAGCAUUCACGCGUCUGGACAACCUCAUUAGACACUAUCGGACGUAUCAUCCUUCUGCGGAACCUCCGGGUAAGCGUCGGCGACGCAGAGAUGCUAGCUGA